AUGGCUUUUUGCAACAAACUUAGUGGUAUUUUGAGACAAGGUGUUUCUCACAGCUCAAAUGUUCCAGUGACAUCUAUGCUUGGCUCUCUCCGUUACAUGUCCACUAAGCUUUUUGUUGGUGGUCUCUCAUGGGGAACUGAUGACAGCUCCUUGAAGCAGGCUUUCUCUAACUUUGGUGAAGUCACAGAAGCUACGGUGAUUUCAGACAGAGAGACAGGGAGGUCGAGGGGUUUUGGAUUUGUCAGUUUCAGCAGUGAAGAUUCUGCAAACACUGCCGUAUCGGAAAUGGAUGGAAAGGAGCUGAAUGGCAGGAACAUCCGUGUGAACCUUGCAAACGAAAGACCGAGUGCCCCGAGAUCAUCAUUCGGUGGUGGUGGUGGUUACGGUGGUGGAGGUGGAGGUGGCGGUGGCUACUAAAAAAGCAAGCCAGAAGAUUUGAGAGAGAGAGAGAGGAGCCUCUGAAGUAUGAACUUUCAGUAGUUUAGUUAGUUUGUUUCCCUCUUUGUUGUAACUGCAAACAACCUUAACUGGUUUUGUUAAACUUUACUUCAAUCCCCUGUUUUGGUUGUGUCUUUCCAAUGAAUACCGUAUUGCUGCUGCUCCAUCUUCUGCAAAUCUAUUUUGUAUCGAGUUGAUUCGAUGUUUACACUUUUCCUUUUA